UGAUGACUUGCAGUCACUUUCAAGGCAUCUCAUUGAGUCAAUGAAACGCAUAAGAUUUCUAUGUAACCGAUGGCUGGAAAUAAUGCGUCACUGUCUAGGUCUUCAAAGACAACGUAAUCCAUCGCCACGAAGUGCAUGCCAGUUACUUCGAUAUAAAAGUCUUGAUUAUAUGACAAAAGGAUAUGGAACAUUUACAACUGUAUCAACUUCUAACCGAGCAAUUGAUCAUCAUUCAUUGAUCCAUUCUGAUAAACCCAUUUCUAAUACAUUCAUACAGAAGUCGACAAGAAUUUCAACAUCUGAUUCAACAAGAAGUAUCAGUAAAGCAUCUUUUAAGAAUGGAAAUCUGGAUACAUUCCUAACAGAUGAAGCAAUUAAAGAACCACUGAUUGUAAGAAAUGACAAAGCUUCCGGAACAUUACUUAUGAGAUCGUUAAGUACAGAAAAUAAUCAAAAAACUACAAUGGGAAAAUAUUAUUCAAUGGUCAAUGCAAUAGAUAUUUUUCCAGUUCCAUGUCCAGUGUUACUUCGAUCAUGGUUGCUUGAAAUAAAACAUCUUAAAUAUUUUAAACAUUUAAUCAAAAUUCAACAAUUUGACGAGACUACAUUCGAACAUAGUGUUGAACUCAAACCUGAUGAAACUGAAUUAUUAGAAAAAAUUUUUAUGGAUAUUUUAAUUAAUCCAUCAAAAUUCAACAAUCAACUAUUGUCAACACUAAGUACAAUAUCAAAUAAAGGCUGUCGAUGCAGUCGUCAAAUACCACCGAAUAUUACUGAUUUGGAAUUUGAUAUAUUCUUAAAUAAAUUAAUGCCAUCGCAUCAGGCUGCAGUGAUUAUUGUUUAUGAUUCCAGGUUGCCAAAUGGUAGUAAUAUUGGUGUAUGUGACCUUCUCUAUCAAUUAUACAUAAAACAACAGCAUACAUUGCCAACAAGUAGUCCUGCUGUGGAUGAUAAGGCUCAUAUUACGACAGCACCGGGCUAUAUGUCAAAAAGAAUAUACAAUAAAUACAAAAUAGCAGGUACCGGAGCAUGUGCAUCAAUAUCCACGAGAUUGGCAGAUUAUCGAUUCUUGAGUUACGACCUGGCAUAAAAUCUAAACCCCAGUGAAAACAACUCUCAAGAAUGCCCAUUAUUACUGAGAAGGUACAAUGGACGACCAAAACCUGGUGAUUGCUUAAUUUUUAUACAGGGGAAACUGUGUUUUAUCGGUUCAUCCUUCACAGGCUAUGAAGAGUUGCCAUGGUCUGAAGAACAAUUGGAUAAAAAGGUUAUCCAGUGCAGAAACCGAUUGAUUAAACAAGGGUCUUCAAUACCUACUGAUUUUCAAUUUGUCUAAUAAUGUUUUCUAUACUAUUUUGACUUUGACCAAAU